AUGUUCCACCCACCAAGGUCCUCGACCUCACAGAGCACCUCUGCGUCUACGUCGUACGGAUAUGGUGACUAUAUAACCAUCACUACGUCCCGUCCAGGUACCCGCAGAAACACAGGUAGGCCCUCGACUGCACGACCAAGAACCGGUGCCUCUACUAUCGCUAGAGUCGAGGCUCAGAAUGUUGUCUGUGCUAUUGCCGAGUCUCGGGGGAUUUCACCUACCGUUGGUCUGGCCUUCGUGAACCUUGACACAGCAGAAGCAGUACUCUGUCAAAUCUGCGACAGCCAGACUUUCGUCCGAACUGUCCAUAAACUGAAGGUCUACGGCCCUUCCGAGAUUCUGAUCGUCUCUACUGCAGCGAGUCCUAGGUCGAAGCUCUUCUCUAUCAUUGAAGAGAACCUUGAGGAUAUCGGCAGCAAGUUGACUCUACUUGAUCGGCGCUAUUGGGCUGAGUCGACUGGAUACGAGUACAUUCAAUCUCUAGCUUUUAAAGAGGAUGUCGAAGCUAUCAAGGUCUCCGUCACUGGCAACUACUAUGCAGUGUGCUGCAUGGCAGCAGUGAGUGUCCUUCCCACCCAUUUGCGCAUACUAUGGCUAAUUUCACAGGCGCUCAAGUACAUUGAUCUGGGUAUGGGUAUGGUCUUCUCCCUUCACUCGCUCCGGAUGAGAUAUGAGCCGUCAGAAGGAUCGAUGAUGAUCGAUGUGUCCACUAUCUACUCGCUCGAACUGGUCCAGAAUCUCCGUGAUCCGAAGUCAAAAGAUUGUUUGUUCGGCCUUCUUAACGAAACGUCGACACCCAUGGGCGCACGGCUCCUCCGGAGCAAUAUUUUACAACCACUUACUGAUCCAGAAGUACUCAACACGCGAUACGCUGCAGUGGACGAUCUGACCAAAAAGGAAGAGCUAUUCUUUGCAACACAGGCAGCGCUGAAAAAUUUCCUCGAUGCUGACCGCAUACUGACCGCGCUAAUCAUCACACCAAGCAAGCCAACUCUUCAGACAACGGAGCAGUCUAUCAAUCACAUCAUCAUGCUCAAGCAGUUCAUAAACUCCGUACGGCCUGUCUUCGAAGCCCUUACUGGAACUAAGUCUGUAAUGUUGAAUAACAUUCGCGAGAUUUGUGCACCAGAGAACGUCGCGCCUGUACAAGAGUUGAUCGAUCACGUCAUCAACGAAGACACCACGUACGCAAGGCAGCCUCUCGAACUGAGGAAUCAGCGCACAUAUGCCGUAAAAUCAGGAGUCAAUGGUCUACUUGACGUUGCGCGUACUACUUAUAAGGAAGCCACAGAAGAUGCGUAUCAACACUCAAAUGAGCUCAGUCAGGAGCACGAUAUUCGACUCGACCUCAAAUAUGACACAGCGCGCCAGUUCUACAUGAAAAUUGCAACGUCCGAGUUGGAAGGCAAAGUACUACCUCCAGUAUUCACCAACGUGAUUCGUCGCAAGAAGAGUAUCGAGUGCCAGACACUAGAGCUCAUGAAGCGUAACCAGAAAGCACGUGGUUAUAUUGCUGUUUCGCACCAAGAAGUCAUUCUCAUGAGCGAUGAAGCAGUUGAGGCUCUUAUCGACAAGGUCCGUAGUCAUAUGUCCAUCAUGUUCAAGAUCUGCGAAGCAGUAGCGAUGCUAGAUAUGGUAUAUAUGAUUGAGCAAUCUAUGGUGUCGAUAAAGCUCAUGGGUACUCAGCCACGACUUACUGAUACGCUAGCUAUCGAAGCGGGACGACACCCGAUCAAGGAGAAGAUCAUGCAGAGUAAAUUCGUCCCAAACGAUGUUUACGCGACGCAACAGACAAGGUUUCAGAUAGUCACUGGUUGCAAUAUGAGUGGAAAAAGCACCUACAUAAGAUCGGUCGCUCUAAUGACUAUCAUGGCUCAAAUCGGCUCUUACGUCCCUGCCAAUUACGGCUCGUUUCCCAUUCUACACCAGUUGUUUGCUAGAUUGGGCAUGGAUGAUAACAUCGAAACCAAUGUAUCUACAUUUGCCGCAGAGAUGAAAGAGAUCGCUUUCAUCCUACGUAAUGUUGACCGGCGUAGCUUGGUCUUGAUUGAUGAAUUGGGUCGUGGUACCAGCACUAGAGAUGGCUUAGCUAUCGCCUUAGCCAUCGCGGAAGCCCUUGUUUCGAGCCGAGCUCUGGAGGUACAUUAUGGUCUAACGCUUGCGCGCGUCGUCCCACUUCCACCUGGGAUUGUGGAGCAUGCCACCUUAGUUGCGCAGAAGGUCGAGCGACAUAUGCUGCAAAGGAAGAAAGCAUCCGGGACUGUGCUCAGAGAAAAGCGGCGUAAACUCGUCCUAAAUCUCAAAGAACAUCUCAUCCAAGCCCACACAGGGGUGUUAGAAGGUGAGGUUCUUACUGCUUGGCUCAAGGAACUGCAAAAUGAGUUUGUCAGACGUAUGACUGCCCUCGAAGCCGAAGCUGCAAGCACAGAUCAGGAAAGCCAGGAUGAAGAUGAAGAGAUGAUGAACAGGAACGACGAGGACGAAGACGAACGACCUGACACCGCCAUGCCUCGACCGAAGAAGCCCGGUGUUGAGCCGAAGAAAAGAUCGCGAAACGGCUGCUGGCCAUGUAAAGCUCGAAAGGUAAAAUGUGGCGAAGAGAAACCACGAUGUACCAACUGCGAACGCCAGGGGGAAACAUGCGAUUACAGUAUUAGACUGAAUUGGGGAGGCCGCUCAAAGAAAGACAGAAGGGGUACCGGGUCCGAUGCUUCGAGCGCAGCGUCCGGCAGUCCGUAUGAGUCGACCUUUACGUUUGAAGAUAAUGUUUUCUCGUCCAACCCCGAGACAUACACGCGGCCACACCAUGCGCGAUCAAGGUCCCAAAUCUCCCCACCCAGGUCGUCGACACAAGCUUUUGAUCCAGACUUGACGCGGAAUAUGCCGCAAGCUUCCAACCGCAAUGACGCUGCAAACGAUGGCCUUUACUUCCAAAGCGACAUACUAGCCUCUACACCCUAUACUCACGCACAAUUUCACGCAUCUAUCUCAGAUGCUACCAACUCCAGUGAUAUUGGCUUUACUCCCAAUGAUACUGCGAUGCCACCGCCACUCUCAGGUUCAGUAGAUCCCAUGAGCAAACGCCAGAAGUAUGAUUUUCCUGCAGAUUUGGAUACAGGCUCGCCAUUACCUUAUAGUCCAUAUCCAGUCAUGCCUCUGACACCAUUGUCAGUCGGUUCUGAAGGGAACGUUGUGCAGACAUCAUUGACACCACAAAACUCCGCACAGUCACCGCCCGAUUUACGUCGUGUGUCAGUCCAGUCCCUGAUCAAUGAUCUUCCAAAGAAGAGGCCAGGUCCAUCCAACGUGGGGGCUGAGCGGGGUCGACAGUAUCCAAUUGCUGAUUCUGCUUUCACAACCUACGGCUAUGACCUGGGACUCCCUGACACCGAUACUCCGAGGAAUAACGACUUUUCGGCUAUUGCUAUAUUCAGUCCACAGAGUGACACAAUGGGCUUUGGUGACGACACACCGUAUGGUAGUGCAGAGCCCUACGGCAAGGAUAUGGCCUUCGAGAGUGGAGGAUAUUACGCAAAGCCGGUUCCGAUCAGGAUUUCAAAAUCUCUUGAGCCGCUACCGCCUUUGCUUAUGGAGAAUCAGAUGAACCUCUUGUACUUCCAUCAUUUUAUCAACCAUACAGCGCGUGUCCUUGUAAACCAUGACUGCGAGCGAAACCCAUUUCGCGAAAUCCUACCAGAGAUGGCUGUACAAGACGAGAACAUAAUGAAUCUUCUCCUCGCAUACAGUGCGGCACACCGCGCACGUAUGCUUAACCAUCCAGAGCCUUCAAAUCGCAUCGCAGUCUGGGUACAAGAUGUGUUUCCUAAACUGCGUGAAGCGCUCAACAACGACCCAAAAGCUAUAUCAGACAGUACUCUAGCAGCAGUCAUAAUGAUGGCAAGUCUGGAGAUCAUAUGUUCGGGUACAUUCGAAGUACCCGUAUCCUGGCAAAACCAUCUAACCAUGGCACGCCAAAUGAUCAUCCAGCGCGGUGGACCGAAGGGAAUGGGCCGGCAUGAUCGUGUGGCAUACUUCCUUUCCCGGUGGUUCGCAUACCUCGACGUUCUCGGCUCAUUGAGUGGGAACAAGAACGACACGCCCCUCGGUUCGUCCUAUUGGUCCAGUGAAAACGCCUCGGCAGACGAAGACUUCGAAAUUGAUUGUCUGAUGGGCUUUACAAUACGUUGCAUAGGAUCCCUCGCCCGUGUUUCCGAACUAGCGAAGCGUUGUGAACCCCGGCGCAUUGACGAAGAAGGCAACGUUAGAGAAGGCUGGAGUCCUAGCCCCGAGGUUGUCGAAGAAGCAGUCAAGAUCCGCCAAGCGCUCGAAGAUGGGGUGCUGGAUCGCAACAUCCGUAAAGGAUGUAACCACCGCUCCAGUACUUCGUCCGAAUCUGAAGGUGCGUGGGACGCAACCGAGAUAUAUGCGACAAAUGAAUUGUAUCAUUGGGCCGGAUUGAUUCACUUGUAUCGUCGUGUUCUAGGUAAGCCGGCCAUGGAUCACGAAGUUCAGCAAGCGGUUCGAGAGAUUGUAGGUUUGUUGUACAAAAUUCGGAGGGGAAGUACAGCAGAAGCUUGUUUGAUCUUCCCAAUGUUUGCUGCUGGAUGCGACGCACAUGAUGAAGGACAGAGAGAGAAGAUCCUGGACCGGUUGAGGAAUGUAGAGGGCUUUGGACUGAACCAUGUGCCCAAGGUCAGUACGCUUAUGAGGCGUGUCUGGGAUACAGGCAAGCCGUGGGAGUCGCUUGUUUCUGGCGAAUUUUUCGGUUGA